AGGGAAACGCCUCCGGCUCUAUAUAAGGCGUUUUCCGGUCUGGCGCGGCCCUCUUUUCUCUCUUAGCGCAGGGCGCCGGCCUUUUGCGCUCUUCGCUGCCCAGCUCCCGCAGACAGUUGAGGCCAUGGGUUUUGGAGACCUGAAAAGCCCCGCCGGCCUGCAGGUGCUCAACGAUUACCUGGCGGACCGGAGCUACAUCGAGGGGUUCGUGCCCUCGCAAGCCGAUGUGGCCGUGUUCGAAGCCAUCGCCUGCCCGCCGCCCGCCGACUUGUUUCACGCCCUGCGCUGGUACAAUCACAUCAAGUCUUACGAAAAGGAAAAGGCCAGUCUGCCAGGAGUGAAGAAAGCUUUGGGAAAGUAUGGCCCUGCUGAUGUAGAAGACACCACCGGAAGUGGGGCUGCAGACAGCAAAGACGAUGACGACAUUGAUCUCUUCGGGUCUGAUGAUGAAGAGGAAAGUGAAGAAGCAAAGAGGCUAAGGGAGGAACGGCUGGCACAGUACGAGUCCAAGAAAGCCAAAAAACCUGCACUUGUUGCCAAGUCUUCCAUCUUGCUAGACGUGAAGCCCUGGGAUGACGAGACAGACAUGGGGAAGUUAGAGGAGUGCGUCCGCAGCAUUCAGGCCGACGGCUUGGUCUGGGGUUCCUCUAAACUGGUUCCAGUGGGCUAUGGAAUUAAAAAGCUGCAGAUACAGUGCGUGGUCGAAGAUGAUAAAGUCGGGACAGACCUGCUGGAGGAGCGGAUCACUGCUUUCGAGGACUACGUGCAGUCCAUGGAUGUGGCCGCCUUUAACAAAAUCUAGACCCUUCCUGGACCAUGCCCAUCAAUAAAAGGUUGAAGGACA